GGAGAGGAGAGAGGGAUGGGAGCGGAGGAGCAGGAGGAGGCCGCAGCUCCUCUGGAGGGGAAGAAGCAACAGAAAACCUCCAAAGACGUUUAUUUCUGCAUCCUUCCAGAUAAAUAUGAACCACUGAUAGAGGAGGGAGAGGAGGGAGAGGAGGAAGAGGAAGAGAGGAGGAGGAGGAAGGAGGAGAAGAAGAGAAAGAGGAAGAAAAGGUGUAAGAAAUGUCGGAAGAACAUCUGUAAAGCCCUGCGGUACAGCUGGCGCAUCCUGCUGGCUGGCGUGCAGAGCAUGGCGUCCGCCUACUCCACGCCGCUGUCCGCCAUGCCCACCGUGGUGAUGGAGAUGAAGCGACCUGGAGACAGCAUGGCAUGAUGGGACAUCUGGAGUUUACCAUGGACUUUUCUGUGUUUUCUUGUUUUAUAUGAACUGAUGCUGAGGAAAUGUUUACUGAUGUGUUGAAUAAAGUCACGAUGUCGAACACUGAGCUACUUUAUCCUUUAUUAACCCAACAGACAGAUAAUCUUCUCUUUCCAUCACUUCCUUGUUUCACGGCCCAGUUUUAGACUUCCUCCAAACCUUUCAUUUCAUCUCCUCUCUCUGUGUUCUUCUCUCGUUCAACUUCAUCCUUUUUCUCUCUGUUUAUCUUUUUUUAUCUCACUUCUUGGUCUUUGGUUUAUUUAUCCUCAAAAAGGAACUUUAAUGUAACUUCUCUUUUCUUCAGUCGUAUUUUAAGCUCUUGUUUCCUUUACUUCCUUCCUACAACUUUAACUUGAUCUGUAUUUCCUAACAUCCUCAUUUCCAGGCAAUGGUCAAAUCUUCCUGUUGUCUUUGACAUGUUUUACCUUCAUUAUGAUGAACUUUUAGCAUCUUCUCUCUUUGUAAACCCAACCUUAGCAAUCACUGGCAAAUAAACAUGAGCACUCAAUGUCUGGAUGAACUUAGAUUUACUUGUGUCAGUAUGUGGAUCAGUUUGUGGAUGUACAUGAUCCAACAGGUUGUGUAUGGACAUUGACUUUUAUCAUAACGCAUCCUAUCAGUGGCACCUGGGAAAUAAUGAGGAGAUCUAUAGAGAUAAAAAGAAAUUAGAAAAAUGUAGACAUCAGUUUGUUGAGCUAUGAUAUAAAAACAUAAAGAAUAAAUGCCGUUAUGCUGCAUGAAUUUGAUAAAUAAAAGGCAUUCUCAUGGGAGCUGGAAAUGAAGUGUUAGAUUAACAAUUUUCGGUAUUGGAUUAAACUUAAUGGCUCCAUUUUAGCUCUAUAUUGGUCCCAUAGCAUGAUGCUGCCACCAUUAUGUUGCAUUGUGUGAUAUAAAUGUGUUCACACUGGAUUUUAUUGAUUGUAUCAGAGAAAUAAAAUGGAGAGCAGAUACAGGAACCAAAUGUGUUAUAUUGCCUGUUUGGUCGCUAGAUGGCGCUGUAGGCUCAUGUAACUGAGCAUAGAGGUCGGUCUAAAUAUGGUUGAUGUGUAUUUUGGACUCAUUGGGUUUUGUGUACUAAUUAUUUUGUUGGAGAUGAAUAUACUGGUUAAUUUGCAAUCCAAGAAAACCAUUAAGACUCACUGUUACAAUAAGUGCAACAAUAGCCGCCUAGCAUGUGAUAACAAAGCAGCUAUACUCAUCACUUUAAUCCCACAACACUACUUUGUCUGCAAACUGUGGUUCUUGUAUUUUUUUAUUUUUUUAUUUUUUUGUGGUGUAAUGUGAUAUUCUAAUUUUAAAUGU